UCUGAUUCUAAUCUCUCUCGACUUACAAUUUCAGCGACUCUUCUCCACUCCCUCUUCGUCAAGCCAUGGAUUCUUGCAGCAAAUCGCUUCUCGAUUCUACUUCUCCUUUCGACUGCCUCAUCUUCGAUUUGGACGACACUCUGUACUCUUCCAAGAUUGGAAUUGCCGAAGCUCUCAAGAAAAACAUCGAUGAUUUCCUUGUGGAAAAAUUCGGAUUCCCAGAGAGCAAGGCCUCCACUCUCCGAGCUGAGCUUUUCAAAACAUACGGCAGCUCUCUAGCUGGUUUGCGGGCAUUAGGCUACGACAUCGACGCCGAUGAUUACCACAGUUUCGUACACGGUAGACUACCCUACGAUUUGAUCAAACCGGAUUCUCAGCUACGAAACCUCUUGCGUAGCAUUACCCAAAGAAAAAUCAUAUUCACGAAUUCGGAUCGAAAUCACGCGGUUAAGGCGUUGGAUCGGCUCGGAUUAAAAGACUGCUUUGAGCAAAUCAUAUGCUUCGAGACCAUGAACCCGAACCUCUCGAGGUCAACCCGGCCCGACGAGUUCCCGGUGCUUCUGAAGCCGUCGAUGGACGCCAUGAAGAUCGCGCUGGAUGUCGCAGACGUUGAUCCUCGGCGAACGUUGUUUCUCGACGACAACGUCCAUAACGUCGCUGCCGGGAAAGCCUUGGGUCUCCGAACCGUCCUGGUUGGAAAGAGCGUGAAAACCAAAGAAGCCGAUUACGUAUUAGAGACUGUCCACAGCUUGGCACAAGUAAUUCCAGAAGUUUGGGUAAGCGGAAUGGACGGUGAUGAUCAAAGGAUCAGCCGUACCAAAAGCGAGAUUGAUUCGAUCCUCGCAAUCACGGCCGGCGGUGCUUAACUGAUUGACGAUCAAGAUCUUCAAAGCGUUGGGUUGGGCCCAGCUGUGUACGACUGUAGAUUGCAAUCCCAAUCAUGUAGAUAUUUCUGAAUGUUCAUUUGUUCAUAUGUAUGAAAAUGGGUUGUCCAUAUAAUGAAAGUAUGUUAAGCAGAAGUGGGUAGUUGUAAUUCGCAAUAAUGAUUUCCUUUUUCUUAGAAUGAAUUAUAUUAACCCACGUGUAUGGCUGUAAUUCACAAUAAUGCUUUCCUCUUUCCUUUUUAAGAUUAUAAAUUAAUGCUUA